GUGAUGUUGGAGAACUACAGCAACCUGGUGUCAGUGGGGUAUCAAGCCAGCAAGCCAGAUGCAGUCACCAGGUUGCAACGAGGAGAACCGUGGACAAUAGAAGAUGAAAUCCAUAGUCGAAUCUAUCUAGAAAUCAAGAACAUUGAUGGUCAUCUACAGAUACGUUCACAAAACCAAAGAUGUGUGAAGAGAGUGGAACAAUGCCAUGAACAUAAUGCAUUUGGAAGCAUCAUUCAUCAGAGGAAAAGUAAUUUUCCUUUAAGGCAAAAUCAUGACAUAUUUGACUUACAUGGGAAAACACUGAAAUCAAAUUUAAGUUUAGUACACCAGAACAGAAGCUAUGAGGUCAAUAAUCCUAUUGAGGUUAGUAAAGCUGGGAAAUCCUUCCUCCGUGCCAAGCAUGAACUAUUUGAUACUAAAAUGAAAUUCCCUCAAUGUCAAAAUUCUAUGAAUACAGAUUCACAAUUCAUUAAGCAUCAUGGAACUCAAAAGAUAGAUAAACCCCAUGUAUGCACCGAAUGUGGGAAGACCUUCCUCAAGAAGUCUUGCCUCAUCAGCCAUCAGAGAAUUCAUACAGGAGAGAAACCUCAUGGAUGUGGCAAAGCCUUCUCCAGAAAGUCCAGGCUCACUGAACAUCAGAAAACUCAUGUAGUAGAAAAAUGGUAUGAAUGCACUGAAUGUGACAGAGCAUUCUGCUCGAAAUCACAGCUCAAUGCACAUCAGAGAAUUCAUACAGGAGAGAAACCCUAUGUAUGCUGUGAUUGUGGAAAAGGCUUCAUCAAGAAGUCUCGGCUCAUUAUUCAUCAGAGAGUUCAUACAGGAGAGAAACCUCAUGGAUAAAAAUGGUAUGAAUGCACUGAAUGUGACAGAGCAUUCUGCUGGAAAUCACAGCUCAAUGCACAUCAGAAAAUUCAUACAGGAGAGAAACCCUUUGUAUGCAGUGAUUGUGGAAAAGGCUUCAUCAAGAAGUCUCGGCUCAUUAUUCAUCAGAGAGUUCAUACAGGAGAGAAACCUCAUGGAUGCAGUCUGUGUGAGAAAGCAUUCUCCAGAAAAUUCAGGCUUGUUGAACAUCAGAGAACUCAUACAGGAGAGAAACCCUAUGAAUGCACUGAAUGUGGCAUAGCCUUCAGCUGGAAAUCACAGCUCAAUGCACAUCAGAAAAUUCAUACAGGAGAGAAACCCUUUGUAUGCGGUGAUUGUGGAAAAGGCUUCAUCAAGAAGUCUCAGCUCAUUAAUCAUCAGAGAGUUCAUAAAGGAGAGAAACCUCAUGGAUGCAGUAUAUGUGGCAAAGCCUUCUCUAGAAAGUCCAGGCUCACUGAACAUCAGAAAACGCAUGUAGGAAAAAAACAGUAUGAAUGCACUGAAUGUGACAUAGCAUUCCGCUGGAAAUCCCAGCUCAAUGCACAUCAGAAAAUUCAUACAGGAGAGAAACCCUUUGUAUGCAGUGAUUGUGGAAAAGGCUUCAUCAAGAAGUCUCGGCUCAUUAUUCAUCAGAGAGUUCAUACAGGAGAGAAACCUCAUGGAUGCAGUCUGUGUGAGAAAGCAUUCUCCACAAAGUUCAGGCUCGUUGAACAUCAGAGAACUCAUACAGGAGAGAAACCCUAUGAAUGCACUGAAUGUGACAUAGCAUUCCGCUGGAAAUCCCAGCUCAAUGCACAUCAGAAAAUUCAUACAGGAGAGAAACCCUUUGUAUGCAGUGAUUGUGGAAAAGGCUUCAUCAAGAAGUCUCAGCUUAUUAAUCAUCAGAGAGUUCAUAAAGGAGAGAAAACUCAUGGAUGCAGUAUAUGUGGCAAAGCCUUCUCCAGAAAGUCCAGGCUCACUGAACAUCAGAAAACUCAUGUAGGAGAAAAACAGUAUGAAUGCACUGAAUGUGACAAAGCAUUCUGCUGGAAAUCACAGCUCAAUGCACAUCAGAAAACUCAUACAGGAGAGAAAUCAUAUAUAUGCAGUGAUUGUGGAAAAGGUUUCAUUCAGAAAAGCAAUCUCAUUGUACAUCAGCGAAUUCAUACUGGAGAGAAGCCUUAUAUAUGCAGUGAAUGUGGAAAAGGCUUCAUUCAGAAGGGCAAUCUCCUUAUACAUCAACGUACUCAUACUGGAGAGAAACCCUAUGUAUGCAAUGAAUGUGGGAAAGGCUUCAGCCAGAAGACAUGCUUAACAUCACAUCAGCGAUUUCACACAGGAGAGAAACCCUAUAAGUGCAGUGACUGUGGGAAAGCUUUCAGAGAUAAGUCAUGCCUUAAUAGACAUCGGAGAGCUAACAGAGAAAAAAGACCAUAUGGAUGCUCCGAUUGUGGGAAAGUUUUCUCCCACUUGUCAUGCCUUGUUUAUCAUAAGAGAAUGCUGCAUGCGAGAGAGAAACAUGUAGGUUCAGUUAAGUUGGAAAAUACUUUCUCAAAGAGUCACAGCUCAUCACAUAAAAGUAAUCUCAUACAGGAGAAAAAUCCUGUUAACAUGGUGACUAUGCAGAUGCCUUCUGUGGUAGCUCAGACUUCAUUAAACAACAAUGAAUUGCAAGCAGAUAGGAAUGUAGCCAUUGUGGGACAGCCAGUGGCCAUAUGUUCAUCCUCAGCAUAUAAUAGAAUUUGCACAGAAGAGAAACCUAAUUAAUGCAGUGAAUGUGGUAGUGCUGUCAGUGAUCAAUUACGUCAUAUUUUAUGUCACAAAAAUGACACAGGAAUAAACUGUGAUGCAUUCAAGGUGGAAAACCCUUGAGUAAAACCUACCUGAUUAUAUGGCUGAUAAGUGUAUACUGAGAGUAAAAUAGUAUGAAUACAGAGACUGGAAAGGUCUUUUGUAGAAAGAUCCUAUCAUCAGUGAUCUUAGGUCACAGAUCUUCAAUGAACUCAUAGUUGGUAGAAAUAAAAUAAUUAUGUAGAAGUCCUUGGCCAAAUAAGACCUCAGUAGGUGUCAGAGAGUUCAUGCAGGAGAGAAACUGUUGGGAGACAUUUGAAGGCAUGGAAUGUGGCAGGGUUGCCAGUGGUACAUCCUCCCCCAUCAACUGUCAGAAGAAAUAUAGAAAUAAAACUAUGACCAAUAACUGGAAUAUCUUCAGCAAAAUAUCAGUGAACAUAUGAAGCAAAUAAGCCCUGUGAGAGUGAAGAAUAUUUUAGCGAUCUUUAUCACAAGUCUGACAUCAUUAUAUAUCAGAUAAUAUAUAUGAUGUGUAUUUUAGGACAAUAUACUUUGAACCAAACUCCUAGUUAUUAUGUCAGUGACUUCUUAUUUAAAAGGAAGUGGGCAGAAUUGCACAUCAUUGGUUAAAGUUACAACACAAUGCAACCUUCCCCCCUUUUUUUGCGUCAGCCUUCUUUUCCCACUUGAGAUCAUUAUAUGAUUAGCUCUUGCAUAUCUUUGGUUCUAAAUUUAUUCAGUUGUUAUUUCAGACUACUGAAGUUCUUCAAAAGGAAACAAUAUAUUUAAUUCAGUAAUGUAACAUAGCAUGUUUUGAUGUGUUUAGCUUUAUAAAUACAACCCGAAGAGAAUGAAAUUAAAAAAUAAUAACCAAUCAGCUAGUUUCUUACCAUA